GGAGGGAAGGCGGUGAGCGGAGCCCAGCUCCAGCCCAGCUCGGAGGCUGCGUCUGACCACCGGGACCUCCCGCCCCGCGGCCUCCCCACUGCCGGCCUUCCGACCUGACCCGCGGGGGCUGCCCUGAAACUUCAUUCCACCAUGGUGCGUGCCAGUGGCCUACUUGCUGGUCAGAACAAGCCAGUGGCACUGAAGAGCAUCUCCGUGGAGUUGUCCAUCUGCGAGUUUGUGGCCAGCGUGUCUGCGACCCUGAACUAUGAAAAUGAGGAGAACGUCCCCUUGGAGGCCUUCUUCGUGUUCCCCAUGGAUGAAGACUCCGCCGUCUACAGCUUCGAGGCGCUUGUGGAUGAGAAGAGAAUUGUAGCGGAAUUACAGGACAAGAUGAAGGCCCAUCAGAAGUACGAGGAGGCCCUGGCCCAGGGCUACCAGGCGUACUUGCUGGAAGAGGACGCGUGCUCGCGGGACGUGUUCCGCUGCAACGUGGGGAACCUGCAGCCGGGUGCCAAGGUGGCCCUCACCCUGAAGUACGUCCAGGAGCUGCCCCUGGAAGCCGACGGGGCCCUGCGCUACGUGCUCCCCGCCGUCCUCAAUCCCAGAUACCACCUGGCAGCGCUGCCGGGGGACAGCAGCCUGGACCUGAAGAGCCCGCUCGCCCCGCUGGAGCAGCUGCCCUACACGCUGCGGCUGCGCGCCGCCCUCCGCUCCCAGCACGGCGUCCAGCGGGUCCAGUCCAACUGCGCCCUCAGCCCCCUGGCCUUCCCGGGCGGCGACAAGACCUGCGCUCAGGUCUCCUUGGAGGAAGGGCACAAGUUCGAUCGCGACGUGGAGCUCCUGGUUUACUACACGGAGGUGCACAGCCCCAGCGUGGUGGUGGAGAUGGGGGACCCGGAAGCCCAGCCAGACAGUCUGAUGGGGGACGCGUGGGCCAUGGUGAGCUUCUACCCGGAGAUCCCCGAAGUGGAGGCCUCGAGGACCUGUGGAGAGUUCGUCUUCCUCAUGGAUCGCUCCGGAAGCAUGCAGUGCCCCAUGGGAAAGGAGAACCGCUCCCAAACGCGCAUAGAGGCUGCCAAGGAGACGCUGGUCCUGCUGCUCAAGAGUCUGCCCAUGGGCUGCUAUUUCAACAUCUACGGAUUCGGCGCUUCCUACGAGGCCUUCUUCCCGGAGAGCGUGAAGUACACUCAGAAGACGAUGGAGGAGGCGGUGGAGAGGGUGAAGCUCAUGGCGGCAGACCUAGGGGGCACCGAGAUCCUGACCCCACUCCAGAAUGUGUUCAGGGGGUGUCCCAUCCCGGGCCACCCGCUGCAGGUUUUUGUCUUCACUGAUGGAGAGGUGGCUGAGACUUUCCAUGUAAUUAAACAAGUUAAGUUCCACAGCAAGAGGCACAGGUGUUUCUCAUUUGGUAUUGGAGAAGGCGCCUCCACCAGUUUAAUAAAAAACAUUGCCCGGGUGUCAGGGGGCACUGCCGAGUUCAUCACCGGCAAGGACAGGAUGCAGGCGAAGGCGCUCAGGUCUCUGGAGCGGUCUCUCCAGUCUGUGGUAGAAGACGUCUCUCUGAGCUGGGAUUUGCCUCCCGGUCUGUCUGUAAGCCUGACUUCUCCAGAGCAGACGGCCAUCUUUAGGGGUCAGAGGUUAAUCGUGUAUGCCCAGCUGAGCGGGGUGAUGCCGCCAACCGAGGCGACCGGAGAGGUAUGUCUGAAGUACACCCUACAGGGCAAGAGUUUCGAGAAUAAGGUGACAUUUUUGCUACAACCCAAGCCUGAUGCCAACCUCACCCUUCACCGCCUUGCCGCCAAGUCCUUGAUCCAGACCAAGGACCUGGGCUUCCGGGAGACCAUCGGCAGGAGCAAGAUGGAGGUGCUGAGGACCAGCCUGGAGUCUGGGGUCAUGAGCUCCUUCACGGCGUUCGUGGCCAUCAACAAGGAGCUCAACGAGCCGGUGCAGGGCCCCAUGGCGCACAGGGAGAUGCCGAGGCCCGUGCUCUUCUCGUCGGUGUCCACGGCCUCGCGGGCGCAGUGCUACAGCAGAGCCUUGGCAGCCACCUCAUCGUCUCUCCUUCACCACCGCGGGCGCCAGUCCGGUGUCUGUGCCGCCCUGACCUACCAGAGGAGCGAUGUGGUGAGAGCCCCUUUCCUGAGCCAGAACGCCCAGUCUUCCGGCUCGAAAGGCGGCCAUAAAGUCCGCAAAGAGACUGCCAUGGUGCUCCUGAUUUACCUGCAAAAUGCAGAUGGCUCCUGGAACCUGGAUGGGUCUCUGGCUCAGGUCCUGGGUCUCAAGCUGGAAGAUAUGCAGACUUCCUACCCUGACGAGCAAGUGGACGGCUCGGACUGGGCGACCAUGCUGGCCGUGCUCUGGCUGCACGCGAACUGCAGCGACCGGAAAGGGGAGUGGCACCUUCUGGAAAGGAAGGCCGUGGCAUGGCUCCACAGCCACGCGGGCCCCGGGGUACCCAUGCUGGUGAAGAAAGGCAACGCCUUCCUGAAGUGCUCCGUGAACCCUCGCCUGUUCCGCUGAGGAGCAGCGCUCCCCUCUCCAGCCCUCCUGCCGGGAUGGGGUUGGCCGUGCUCUGCCCCUCUGAGUCAGUUUUGUGCCGUCAUUGUAAUGGAUGCCCACAGCGCCCCCCUUCCAAACCCCCCCCCCCACCACCUCCCAGGACCCUAAGUCAGGGUUAAGGGCAGUCGAGUCUGAACCUGAACUGGAUCUCACCAUGAUUGGUUCUCACCCUUCGGCUUCAUUGAAAUCACUCUCCUUGAUGGGUUGUUCCUUAAAAACCAAUGUUGUAUCGUUAUUAAAAUGAUCGUGCCUA